AUGCCUGCCGAAACAGCAACACCGGCGGUCACAGCAGUGCAAGUCACAAAGAAUGAACAGAGGGAUGAAGCCCUUGUGUUGCUGGAGUACAUGCUACUGAAGAAGACUGAGAGCAGCAUGGUCUCUGCGUGGCAGAAGAGGUAUUGUGUGCUGAAGUCCGACGGGAAACUUGAG